AAUUUUCUGGAGAUUUGCCUCUGGGGACAGCUACUACUAUGGGGGCCCAUGUGGCACUCGCGACAACCAAGCUUAGCUUCUGCUCUUUCCCAUCUAAUAUGGUCGAGCGGCCGAUGCCGUACCAUCACCUGGGCUCGUCUCCUUGAGAUGAAACUCCAUUUCGUUGUAGUCGUGACGAUUAGGGCUGCAUCUGUCAAUCGGAGAACCGUGCAAGGUUGUACAACGUCACAGCACACAAGUACAUUAGACUGGCCUACACAAGGCCACUGA